AUGUCUCAAAAAAUUGGACACACCGGGCUCGCAUUCGCCCGUAUUUGGCACCAUGUGGACAUAACGAAGGAUGAACGGACACUGGGUAGGUUGGCGUCAGCCAUCGCCACAACCCUCAUCGGGAAGCAUAAGCCGGUGUACCAUCCAACACAAGAUUGUGGAGAUUACGUAGUCGUGACGAACUGUCAAGACAUCAAAACCACGGGUAAAAAGAUGGAACAAAGAACGUACUGGACCCAUUCCUCACGGCCCGGUAGUCUGAAACUGAAACCGAUGGAAAGACUCGCCGCCGAAAAGGGUUACGGUGAACUGUUGAGGAAGGCUGUUAGCGGGAUGCUUCCCAAGAACAGAUUGAGGAAGAUUAGACUGGACAGGCUGAAAGUGUCUGACGGUCCAGAUAGUCCGUAUUUACACAACAUUCUCGCAUUCGCCUCUGAACAACGCACGCCUAAAAAAAGGGUGGCUGACACUAGUCCUUGA